AAGCAGUUGGCACAUGUGGCCGUGUCCUCGAGCGCGUGUUUGAGCCCUUGCGCCGCUAACGUCAUCCUUGUUUGGUAUCCUAGCAAAGUAGUAUGGGUAAUCAUUACUCUACAUCUACGACAACGAUCGGAACAGUCUGCGACUCCUUGGCGUCAUCCAGGAAUGUUGGGGUUCAAAGUGGCGAUGAGCGUCGGAAUGGAUGCUGGUUGCUAGUCGCUGGAAUGCAGUGGCGUGUAUCCGUGCAACCCCGGUAUAAAGCUAUACCGUCCGCGGUUCUGCGAGGUCGUCCACUUGCAUCGUUAAAUGAUGAGGACGAACGUGCGCGCCAUCGCCCAGGUCGUCUCUUGAUCGUGCCCUGGUUAGAGUCCGUAGGCGUCCGAGCAACGCCAGCCAGGCCCAAAUUUGAUGACUGUGGGCUCGCAGAUCAACCUGGGACUCCGAGAACAGUCAGACAGGGUUUGGGGACGGUAAGAUACAACUGAGAGAGGCUCUGAAAAUUGGAAGUGACGACGGCGCGUAGAGAACAGCACACAUCGCCCCCGCAGUCCGCGGAUACUUCACCCGGGCCUCUCCCCAACGCGCACAUCAACGCGGGACUGCAGUUAGACGAAUGCGGGCGCAUCCUGAGACGUGCCGCCAGGGUCUACUU